AUUAUUAAUGUUAUGUCUAUUUAUUUGUAUAGCACAGUAUUAAUGAUAUUGUGAAUAUAAAAUGUACAACCCUCAUAUUCAAGAUUGACAUAAUCUUGAAGAAAGAUUGUUCCUGUUUUAUAAGUAAGGAAACUGAGGCUGAAAGAUUAGGUUACUUGCCCAAGGUUGUACAAAUGGUGGGGCAGAGCUUUAAAUCUAGACUGUUUUCACCAUGUUCUCUUCUGAAAAUGGUACUGGAGCCUGGCCAGAGUGGCUCAGUUGGUUGAGUGUCACACAUACCUGUAUUUAGGUUUCAAUCCCCCAGUGGAGCACUUAUGGAAGGUAACCUGUGGAUGUUUCUCUCUCUCUUCCCCUCCCUCUCUCUUCCCCUUCCUUUCCCUAAGCAUGUCCUCCGGUGAGGAUUAAAAAAAAAAAAAGGUACUGGAGGGCUUAUUGGGUUGGUUUAACAGAAGAAAACAUAUCUGAAAAGGAAAUGGCAUUCAGUAAAGCUCUUAACAAUGAGCUCAUGCUUCCUCUGUGCAAUUUAAGGAAAUGUGUGGUACUCCAAAGGCAUGAAAGUUCUUUCAUUGUUGUACAAAGUCUGCAAAAGCUACUCAGGAAGAGGAGUUGUACGCAUGUCAGAGAGGUUGCAGGCUGUUUUCAAUUUGUCAGUUUGUGGAUGAUGGAAUUGAUUUAAAUCGGACCAAAUUGGAAUGCGAAUCUGCAUGUACAGAAGCAUAUUCCCAAUCUGAUGAGCAAUAUGCUUGCCAUCUUGGUUGCCAGAAUCAGCUGCCAUUUGCUGAAUUGAGACAAGAACAACUCAUGUCUCUGAUGCCAAAAAUGCAUCUACUCUUCCCUCUAACUCUGGUACGGUCAUUCUGGAGUGGCAUGAUGGACUCUGCGCAGAGCUUCAUAACCUCUUCGUGGACUUUUUAUCUUCAAGCUGAUGAUGGAAAAUUAGUUAUAUUCCAGUCUAAGCCAGAAAUCCAGUAUGCAUCACAGUUGGAACAGGAGCCUACAAAUUUGAAAGAAUCAUCGCUAAGCAAAAUGUCCUAUCUACAAAUGAGAAGUUCACAAGCACACAGGAACUUUCUUGAAGAUGGAGAAAGUGAUGGCUUUUUAAGAUGCCUCUCUCUUAACUCUGGGUGGAUUUUAACCACAACCCUUGUCCUCUCGGUGAUGGUAUUGCUCUGGAUUUGUUGUGCAACUGUUGCUACAGCUGUGGAGCAGUAUGUUCCCUCUGAGAAGCUGAGUAUCUAUGGCGACUUGGAAUUUGUGAAUGAACAAAAACUAAACAGAUAUCCAGCUUCUUCUCUUGUGGUUGUUAGAUCUCAAGUGGAAGAUCAUGAAGAAGCAGGGCCUCUACCCACAAAAGUGAAUCUUGCUCAUUCAGAAAUUUAAACUUUUUCUUUUUUUUUAUUAAGAAAAGUGUAAUAGCUAUCUAAAUAUUCAUUUCUCAUAGAGCUUUUAAAAUUGGUUUCAUUGGAUAUAGGGCUUAAAAAUCACUAUAAAAUGAAAAUAAAUUUACCCAAAUCUGAGAAGACUAUAUUUGCUGUAAUUUUUUUCUAGUAAUUUAAGAGAUGGAUAUUUGGGAUUGUAUUACUAUUUUAAUAUCUGUAGCUUCUUUAUUAUUUGCAUUGUUUUUGUUUUCCUAUUUAGCCACAUUCUAUGAGCUGAUCAUUGUUUUUCCCCACCUCUCACCAUGAUACCAUCAAUCACUUUAGUGAUUAAACUGAAUAUUCAGUAGGAUAUGAUGCUUCUGCUCAGAAAUGGCCCACAACUUGUAAUUUGAAAUUUAGCAGGAAAUGCCCUUACACUACAUUUUCAGUUGUAUUGAACUGAAAUCAUUAAAAUUUUAUUUGAAUAAUUAUGUGCCGAAAUUUGAGUUAAUAUACUCCUGAUUUUCCAGAUCUUUCCUCUCACCCCUACCCAAUCCAGACAAAAAUUAUGAAAUGUUCUAUUAAUACCUAUUGCUAUGGUAGUAAUACAUAUUGCUAUACAAUAUGAUAAUCAGGAAACAAACUGAAACAAAAACAAUGUGGUCAGAAGUGCUUUUUUUAAAAAAAAAUCCUCACCUGAAGAUAUUUUUCCAUUGAUUUUUAGAGAGAGUGGAAGGGAGGGAGCAAGAGAGAGAGAGAAACAUCAACAUGAGGGAGACGCAUCGAUUGGUUGCCUCCUGCCGCCCCAACCCAAGCCAGGGAUCAAGUCUGCAACCAAGGGAUCAAUUCUGCCCUUGAUCCAGAAUUGAACCCGAGACCCUUUGGUCCGAGUGCUGACACUCUAACCACUGAGCAAAACUCUCUAGAGUUAGAAGUGCAUUUUAUAUUAUUGCACAGGCUAUAGAUUUUUGUUGAGUCUUUCCCAAGAACUAUUUUUCUCUAUUAGAAAGCAUAUCAAGUAUAAGCUUAAAGAUAUUUUCAGAGAAAACUUUUCAUUUUGACAGUAAGAAUUAGACUAGAUUUCAUUUGGCAAAAGCUAUUACUAUUAUCAUUCCUUUACCUAUAAUAAUACAGAUUUUAAAAUAAGAGUGAUAUCUGGUAACAUAGAUAACAGAAUCUUAACAUGAUUCGGUUUUAUUUUACCAUGAAAUAUUAAAUAACUUUGCAAACCAAUAUUCCUUACACAUAGGAACAUUGUUGGCAACUGAAGUAGUGCUUUUUGACUAAGGAGUGGAUUGCACACUUACCUUUCAGCUUAGUCAUCAGCUUUCUCCGAGUCAAAAAAAUACAAUAACAACUAAUCAAGUAAGACACUGGUCACAAAAUACAGGUUUUAGUUUUUAAAAUAGUUUGUCUAGAUUUGGAAGAUGGAGACUUAGAAGAUAUGUGCACACAUUCAGGUGUGGAAGAGAGGAGUAAUUAUUAAAGAGUUGUCAAGCAGUCAUCAUCUCUCAUUCUUUGUGAGAAAACAGUUAUAGAACACAGGGAUUGGGAGUACACCUUUUAAAAAAGCCUGGUUGUCUCAUUUCCCAGCCAUGGUUUGUGUUUAGUAUCAGGUACAGGUUUAAUUGAAAUACAUCCAGUGAAGAAAACUUCAGAUCAGUGAGGGAGAAAUAUACAAAAUGCCGCAGAUUUGUAGGAGUCAGCCCACUGUUAGGAAAGCCCUCCCUUAUGAAAACAGAACAAUAAGAGUAAUAUCUAGAUAAGAAGGACAACUAUAUGAUUGUCCUGUAUUCUCUCACCUACCCUUGGUUUUGUUUUUCUUUGCUUCCUGAAUAUGGUUAUCCCUGAGAUAUCCUCAAUUGUCUUGAAAGUAUUGAUCUAUCCUUCUCCCUUCCUCUCUGUAAAAAAAAAAAAAAA